AUGGAAGAUUAUGUGGAUAAACCCCUGGAAAAGCCAUUGAAACUGGUACUGAAAGUCGGAGGCAGUGAAGUGACUGAACUUUCAGGAUCAGGACAUGAUUCCAGUUAUUACGAUGACCGAUCGGACCACGAGCGAGAGCGACAUAAGGAAAAGAAGAAGAAGAAGAAAAAGAAGUCAGAUAAAGAGAAAGAAAAGCAUCUUGAUGAUGAGGAGAGACGGAAAAGAAAGGAAGAGAAGAAAAGAAAAAGAGAGAAGGAACUGUGUGACACAGAGGGUGAGACCGAUGAUUUUGAUCCUGGGAAAAAAGUAGAGGUUGAUCCACCUCCUGAUCGUCCAGUCCGGGCCUGUAGAACUCAGCCUGCAGAAAACGAGAGCACGCCUAUCCAGCAGUUAUUGGAACAUUUUCUUCGCCAGUUACAAAGGAAAGAUCCUCAUGGGUUUUUUGCUUUCCCAGUCACAGAUGCCAUUGCUCCUGGCUAUUCCAUGAUAAUAAAGCAUCCCAUGGACUUUGGCACUAUGAAAGAUAAAAUUGCAAACAAUGAAUACAAGUCAGUAACGGAAUUCAAGGCAGACUUUAAACUGAUGUGUGACAACGCAAUGACGUACAACAGACCGGAUACCGUGUACUACAAACUGGCCAAGAAGAUCCUCCACACGGGCUUCAAGAUGAUGAGCAAAGCAGCGCUCUUGGGCGAUGAAGACACGGCUGUCGAGGAGCCUGUGCCCGAAGUGGUUCCCGUGAAUGUAGAGACCACCAAGAAAUCCAAAAAGCCAAGUAAAGAAGUGAUUAGUUGUAUAUUUGAACCGGAGGGGAAUGCCUGCAGCUUGACAGACAGCACAGCGGAAGAGCACGUCCUGGCUUUGGUGGAACACGCAGCAGACGAGGCUCGGGACAGGAUCAGCCGAUGUCUUCCAAACAGCAAGAUUGGCUACUUGAAAAAGAAUGGGGAUGGUUCUUUGGUCUUCAGCGUAGUCAAUCCAUCAGAUCCAGAAGUGGAAGAGGAGGAAACCCAUCCAGUGGAUCUGAGUUCUCUCUCAAGUAAACUGUUGCCUGGUUUCACGGCGCUGGGGUUUAAAGAUGAAAGGAGGCACAAAGUUACCUUUCUUUCAAGCAACAAUUCAGGUCUUUCGAUGCAAAACCACUCUGUAUUUCAUGACCUGAAAGCAGAUGAAAUGGAACUGCUGUAUUCAGCAUACGGCGAUGAAACUGGAAUCCAGUGUGCCUUAAGCUUGCAAGAAUUUGUGAAAGAUUCCGGAAGCUACAGCAAAAAAAUAGUGGACGACUUGCUGGAUCAGAUUACUGGAGGCGAUCACUCAAAAACCAUCUAUCAACUAAAGCAGAGGAGAAACAUUCCGGUGAAGCCACCAGAUGAAGUCAAGGUUCCACCAGUGCUCAUAAAGGAAGAACACAAAUUGCGCAAUACCUGCCCAGAUGCUCCCAAGCAAAGCGCGAUUGGAGAAUCCAUUGGAGACAGUACUAGUUCCGUUUUGGAUUUUCUGUCUAUGAAGCCAUACGAUGUAUCACUUGAGAUAUCCAUGUUGAGCUCCUUGGGUAAAGUAAAGAAGGAACUCGAGCACGAUGACAGUCACUUACACUUGGACGAAACGACUAAGCUCCUGCAGGAUCUUCACGAGGCUCAGACCGACCGGGUAGGAUCCAGGCCUUCCUCCAACCUCAGUUCCCUCUCUAACGCUUCCGAAAGAGAUCAGCAUCACCUAGGAAGUCCCUCUCACCUAAGUGUAGAAGAACAACAGGACAUGGUCCAUGACCCCUAUGAAUUUCUUCAGUCUCCAGAACCUACAAAUGCCAACAACAACUAGUCUCAUGCGUGCUGUUUAUGUCUUGAAACUAGCAUGUUAUAUAGCGUUCCAUCAGAUAGUAUGCAUUUCAAUGUGUUCUCUUUGUGUGUGAGGACUGCUAUGUAAUAAUGUGUGUGCACAUUUGUAAAUUGUACUCCCAUAGCUAGUAGUAUCAUGGUAUUCACACCAUGCCUCAUGCAAUACGUUCUGGAAACAGUUGCGUACGAUAACUCUAAAGGCCACAGAUGCAAAUUACGUAUUUAAGAAACCGUAUUAAAAAAUGCUAACCUGCUGUCUAUCAUGCUGUCAGUCAUGGAAAGUUUUAUACUACGGCCAUACAGAAGCUUCUCCAAGGGACUAAGUCCCAGAAUGACAGCUGCCUUCCUGGUCUCUCUUCUCCUCAGAGUUGCUCAUUGUCGAGAUUGUCCAGACAAAGUCAUGAACACUUCAGAACUUCUUAAUUUUGCAUGCAAAAAUACAUGCCAUAAAACCGAGGACUUCUUCACUACCAGAAAUUCAGUCUCUGCCAAAUUAUCCACAUUCUAAGUGUUGUAUAUAUGAGUACACUUGUACCUGUAUAAAGGGGCAAAUGUUUGUGUAGUUUUUAAAUGAAGUAUUUGAAAUUUGAUAUAGA